AUGACCGACGCAAAAAAGCCCGCCGUCUUGAUUAUCGGUGGCCUCGGCUUCAUCGGUCGCCAUCUGGCACUCCAUAUCCAUGAGAAUAACCUGGCCUCCGAGGUCCGCAUUGUCGACAAGGUUCUGCCGCAACUGGCGUGGCUGGCUCCCGAAUUCGAAGAGGCCUGCUCCAAGGAGAAGUUUGUACAGGCAGACGCCAGUCGUGAACAACACCUCCCGCGUAUCUUCGACCGGGCCAAUGGCGAACAAUUUGACUAUGUGAUCAACUGCGGCGGCGAGACACGGCAUUCCCAACCCGACGAUGUCUACGAAGCCCGCAGUUGCAGCCUUAGCAUUACCCUGGGCAAAGAGGUUGCCAAGCGCGGUAUCUCUGCCUUCGUUGAGUGCUCGACUGCGCACGUCUACAAGAGCGGGUCCUCGCCGCGCAAGGAGGCCGACAAGUUGCAGCCGUGGCACAAGCUAGCCAAAUGGAAGUUGAAGGCCGCCGAGGAGUUGCUCAACUUCCCUGGCCUGCAGUACUGUGCCUUGCGCCUGCCGCACGUCUACGGCGCCUACGACCCAGGCUACUUUUCCGUGGCCAUCUGCCUGGCCCGUGUGCACAAAGAGAUGGAACAGGACCUCGAGUUGUUAUACUCCAAGGACAUCAAGGUGAACACGCUGCACGUCAAGGACGCGGCGAGUGCGCUCUGGAUGGCGGCCGAGUGGCGCGCCAGCAAGGGCAAACUGGACCGCAACGACGACUCCCUGCCGUCUUUGUUCAAGGACCCGAACAUGACGGUGGCCUUCAACGUCGUUGACCACAACGAAACCUCGCAGCAACACGUCGCCAACGCCCUGGCCGAGGUGUUCGACUUCAAGGUCUCCUUCCUCGGCUCGCUGGCCUCGCAGCUGGCCAAGAUGAACCUGGAUGAUGUCGUGGACGAAAUGAACGAGGUCAGUCUGCAGGAGUGGGCCGAUCUGGUCGCCAAGAGCAAGAUCGAGCGGCCCGGGCCUAUCGGUCCGUUCCUGGAGCGCGAUGUGCUCAAGGACCAAGACAUGUCGAUUGACGGCUCGCUGUUCGAGUCGACAGUCGGCUGGAAGCCGAAGUAUGAGCACUUCGGCACCGAGAGCGUCCGCGAGAUAAUCGAGAGUUACAAGCGGAUGGGCUGGUGGCCGUAA